UCACGUAUACAAAACCCCGCGCUCCUCGGCGAUCGGCUCCGGUUAUCUGAGCCCAUUCUCCUCGCUGCUCCCGAUAACGACCGACGCCUGCUCGUUCUCCUGCUCUUGCAUACACCAUCUCUGUCGAUACUCAUCCAUGGCGUCUACAAACACAGUCAGCGGUGCCCAGCUCAUCGCCUCAUCGCUUUACGAUCUCGGCGUCCGCGUGGUCUUCGGUAUCGUCGGAAUCCCUGUGAUUGAGGUGGCGGACGCAUGCAUUGCUAAAGGAAUCCGGUUCAUCAGCUUCAGAAACGAGCAGUCGGCUUCCUACGCUGCUACUGCCUAUGGAUAUUUGACCGGCAAGCCCGGCGUCUGUCUAGUCGUCGGUGGUCCUGGUGUUCUUCACGCUAUCGCAGGUAUUGGAAAUUCGACGCACAACUGCUUCCCUAUGCUACUCCUCGCGGGCUCCUCAGAGUCUCACCAAGUCUACAAAGGCGCCUUCCAAGAGAUUGACCAGGUUUCCACGUUGGCUCCAAUGACAAAGUUUGCUGCCAGGCCUCCUUCUCUAAGUCUUUUACCUUCGACACUUGAGAAAGCCUACAGAACAGCUUACUUUGGUCGUCCUGGAGCUACUUACAUUGAUCUUCCGGCAGAUUACAUCCAGGGCUCUGUCGAUCUGACCGAGACUCUACCGCUCAAGCCUGCUCUUCAGGCGCCAAAGUUCAUGGCCGACUCUGCCACCGUCAAGAAAGCUGCCGCAUUGAUCAAAGGCGCGUCUUCGCCCUUGGUCGUGAUCGGCAAAGGUGCCGCCUACAGCCAGGCUGAGACUGCCAUCCGCGAGCUCGUCGACUCUACCUCGCUUCCAUUCUUACCCACGCCGAUGGGAAAAGGCGUUGUCCCUGAUUCUUCAUCCUUGAACUUUGCUGCUGCGCGCAGUGCUGUUUUGAAGAGCGCGGAUGUCAUCUUGCUUUUGGGAGGCAGACUGAAUUGGAUCUUGCAUUACGGCGAAGCUCCCAAAUUCCGCGACGACGUCAAGAUCAUCCAAGUCGAUAUCGAGAGCGAGGAGAUUGGAAACAAUAACACCAAGAAUGUCGAAUAUGGCCUUGUUGGCGAUAUUGACCUGGUGGUCAAGCAGUUGGUCGCUGAACUAAAGGGCUACAAGUAUUCGUCGAUUCCCAAGUCGAUCAUUGCUAAUAAGGAGAAGAAUACCGCGGCCGGAAUCAAAAAGGCGAAUAACGCGGUCGUCCCCUUGACCUAUCAGCACUCCUACAAAAUUAUCAAGGAGGCAAUCGCCGAAGCAAAGAUAAAGCCUAUCUUUGUCUCGGAGGGCGCUAAUACUAUGGACACCGCGCGCAAUGCGUUCGAUGUCGACGACCCGCGUAGACGACUUGACGCUGGUACCAUGGCCACCAUGGGCGUCGGAAUCGGCUACGCUAUUGCUGCGGCUGUCGCAUGCCCUGACUGUCUCCCCGUCUGCAUCGAGGGCGACUCCGCCUUUGGAUUCUCAGCAAUGGAGCUCGAGACCGCCACCCGCUCCGACCUGCCUCUCGCCAUCUUUGUCAUGAACAACAACGGCGUCUACCACGGCGUCGAUCCCGAAGCCUACGGUACUCAAUCCGAAAAGCCACUACCUAGCACCGCCCUUGGCUUUGAGACCCGAUAUGAUCUAAUCAGUCAGGCUGUAGGUGGUAUCGGCUUGGUCGCCAGAACACCGCAGGAGCUGAAGGAGGCUGCUGUCAAAGCGCUCACGUGUGGAAAGGUCGCUGUCGUGAAUGUGUUUAUCGAUCCGGGCGCAAAAACUAAGCUUGAGUUUGGAUGGCUUGCAAGCACCAAGAAGAACCCUGCUAAAGCAAAGCUGUAGAGUGCAAAAAUGUCUAGAGACGGCAAAUCCAAUACCACUUACGAGAAUCUAGUGAAAAGCGGUUUCAUUAUUAACCAUAUAUGCCGUACAAUAAUGCAAGCUUGAAACAAUCA